CCCUCACACGUCCAGGCACAGUAGCGUUGCCGACAGGGAAGGUUUGGUGCAGCGCGAAAGGCUGAGUGUUGUCCACGAUGUCGAGAUCGACUCUGACAGGGCUGAACACCUCCAGCUCGGAGAGAGAGUACGUCGCUCUUGGCGUCGAGCUGGGGAUGCGGGGGGAUGGCCGCGGCAGGCUUGACUACCGCUCCCUCUCCGUCCAGGCCGGCGUGCUCGCACAGUCCAACGGUUCUGCGAGGGUAACCAUAGCUCACAACGGCACGGACGUCCUCGCUGCGGUGAAGGUGGAGGUGGGAGAACCGGGCCUUGAAGCUCCUGGCGCGGGCCGCGUGGAGGUGUGCAUCUCGUGCUCGAACAGCCUCUUCCCCAAGUUCGACGAGCGGUCAUCGGGGGACGUGAACGCGGUGUUGAGCGGGGCACUGGAGAGAAGCAUGCGGGGAGUCGGCGGGCUCGACCUCGAUGCCCUCGGCAUCGUGGACGGCAAGUUCUGCUGGGUGGUCUUCGUCGACAUCCUCGUACUGCAGGCCGAUGGAAACUUGCUGGACGCGUCGUCGUUUGCCGCAUACACCGCGCUCAACACCGCACGAAUACCCAAGGUUACGCCUCUUGUCGGGGAGGGCGGAAUCUACGACGACUUCGAGAUAUCAUCGAAUAUCGACGACGCCGUCGCCAUCAAGGGCGCGACAAACGUUCCCGUGUGCCUCACAAUGUCCCGGGUCGGCGGGCACUUCAUCGUGGACGCGAGCUUGGAAGAAGAGGCGUGCGUCGAGGCCUCGGUGGCAGUCUUCGUCGACCGCGAGGGGCGGGUCUGCGGCUCCCGAAAGGAGGGCGACGGCUCCGUCCCCGCCCAGCACCUCGGGGGCAUGGCCCAGUGCGCGGCAGCGAUGGCCAAAGGGGUCUUCGCCAUCCUGGAUUCAUCGGCGGGGGCCGCGAGAGGCGGGACGGGGGCGGAGGUCGGGGCUGCGGGCGCGGGGUUUUUGUAG